AUGAAUGAACAGGAGCGGGCGCGGCCCCGCACCCCACACCCCCCGCACUCCCCGCGGGGCCGCCGCUCGUGGGGCGCGCCCGGGACCCCCCAAAACCGCCCCGCCAUGGCGGGCAGCCCCCCGGCCCUCACCCUCCUCCUCCUCACCGCCCUCAGCCCCCUGGCCGCCGAGGAAGUGGUGCUGCUGGACUUCGCCAAGGCACACGGGGAGCUGGGCUGGCUCACCCAUCCCUACGGAAAAGGGUGGGACCAGCUGCAGAACGUCCUCAACGACUCCCUGAUCUACAUUUACUCCGUGUGCAACGUCAUGGAGGGCGAGCAGGAGAACUGGCUCCGCACCAACUGGAUCUACCGCGGCGUGGCCCAGCGCAUCUUCAUCGAGCUGCAGUUCACCGUGCGUGACUGCAACAGCUUCCCCAUGGCCGGCGGCGGCUCCUGCAAGGAGACCUUCAACCUCUACUACGCCGAGUCCGACGUGGAUUACGGCACCAACUUCCAGAAGCGGCAGUUCAGGAAGAUCGACACCAUCGCUCCAGACGAGAUCACCGUGCAGGAGGAUUUCGCCGCCCGCAACGUGAAGCUCAAUGUGGAGGUGCGGUCGGUGGGGCCGCUCCGCAGGAAAGGCUUCUACCUGGCCUUCCAGGACCUGGGCGCCUGCGUGGCGCUGCUCUCCGUGCGCGUCUACUACAAGCGGUGCCCGGCCGUGGUGCGGGGCAUGGCGCGGUUCCCGGAGACCGUGGCCGGCGCCGACUCGCAGACCUUGGCCGAGGUGCGGGGCUCGUGCGUGGCCGAGGCGGUGGCCGAGCAGGCGCCGGCCCUGCACUGCAACGCCGACGGCGAGUGGCUCGUGCCCAUCGGGGAGUGCCUGUGCCGGGCUGGCUUCCAGAGCCUGGGAGACACCUGCCAAGCUUGUCCCCCUGGCACCUUCAAGGCUGCGGUGUCCUCGGGGGACUGCCAGCCCUGUCCCCCCCACACCCUUCCCGCCCCGGCUGCCGCCGCUGCCUGCCCGUGCGAGGAUGGAUUUUUCCGGGCCCCUGAGGACCCCCCGGAGCAUCCCUGCACCCGUCCCCCCUCGCCCCCCCAGGCUGUCACAGCCCUGGGGUUGGGGGCCGCGGUGCAGUUGCGCUGGGCCCCCCCUGCUGACCCCGGUGGCCGUGAGGACGUCACCUACAGCGUCACCUGUGAGCAGUGCUGGCCUGAGAGCGGCGAGUGCCGGCCCUGCGACGGGGGGGUCCGGUUCUCACAGCCCCCCCGGGGCCUCACGGGGACGGAGGUCACUGUCACCGACCUGGAGCCGCACGUCAACUACACCUUCACCGUGGAGGCGCGCAACGGGGUGUCCCCCUCCAGCCACCAGCGCAGCGUGGCCAGCGCCACCAUCAGCGUCAACCAGACAGCCCCCCGGGUGACAUCGGUGAGCCUAGAUGGACGGACGGCCACCAGCCUGGUCCUGUCCUGGACGGUGCCACUGCGGCAGCAGAGUCGGGUCUGGAAGUACGAGGUCACUUACAGCAAGAAGGUGGAUGAGAACAGCUACUCGGUGCUGCGCUGCGAGGGCACCUCUGUCACCCUGCCCAAACUGUCCCCAGGCACCGCCUACGUGGUUCGGGUCCAGGCUCUCACCGCCGACGGCCACGGGGCCUUCAGCCCCCAGCACGAGUUCGAGACCCUGCCUGAGGGUUCCGAGGCCAUGGCAUCGACCACCGUCAUCGCUGGCAGCAUCGCUGGUGUCGUCUUCGUCGUCCUCCUCUUGGUCAUUCUCCUCUAUGUCCUCCGGCGGAGGAGGAGGUCACAGCCACGCCAAUCCGCCGAAGACGUCUACUUCUCCAAGUCAGACCAGCUGAAGCCCCUCAAGACCUACGUUGACCCCCACACUUACGAAGACCCCAACCAAGCCAUGCUCAAGUUCACCACCGAGAUCCCUCCAUCCUUCAUCACCCGCCAGAAGGUCAUCGGUGCCGGUGAAUUUGGGGAGGUGUACAAGGGCACCCUGAAGCGCGGCCGGAAGGAGGUGCCGGUGGCCAUCAAGACGUUGAAGGUGGGGUACACGGAGAAGCAGCGCGUGGACUUCCUGAGCGAGGCCACCAUCAUGGGACAGUUCUGCCACCACAACAUCAUCCGCCUCGAGGGUGUCGUCUCCAAGUACAAGCCCUUCAUGAUCAUCACGGAGUACAUGGAGAAUGGGGCACUGGAUAAAUUCCUGAGGGAAAAAGAGGGUGAAUUUGGCGUCAUCCAGCUGGUGGGGAUGUUGAGGGGCAUUGCUGCCGGCAUGAAGUACUUGGCCAACAUGAAUUACGUCCAUCGGGACCUGGCUGCCAGGAACAUCCUGGUGAACAGCAACCUGGUGUGCAAAGUGUCCGAUUUCGGGCUCUCAAGGGUGCUGGAAGAUGACCCUGAAGCCACCUACACCACCAGCGGCGGGAAGAUCCCAAUCCGUUGGACAGCACCCGAAGCCAUCUCCUACCGCAAGUUCACCUCUGCCAGCGACGUCUGGAGCUACGGCAUCGUCAUGUGGGAGGUGAUGUCCUACGGCGAGCGGCCCUACUGGGAGCUCUCCAACCACGAGGUGAUGAAGGCCAUCAACGAGGGCUUCCGCCUCCCGGCGCCGCUGGACUGUCCCUCGGCCAUCUACCAGCUGAUGAUGCAGUGCUGGCAGCAGGAGCGCUGCCGGCGCCCCAAAUUCACCGACAUCGUCAGCAUCCUCGACAAACUCAUCCGCGCCCCCGAGUCCCUCAAGGCACUGGCAGAUUUCGACCCUCGGGUGUCCAUCCGGCUGCCCAGCACCAGCGGCUCCGAGGGCGUCCCGUUCCGCUCGGUCCCGGAGUGGCUGGAGUCCAUCCGCAUGCCCCAGUACACCGAGACCUUCAUGGCCUCGGGCUACAGCACCAUCGAGAAGGUCCUGCAGAUGACCAGCGAGGACAUCAAGCGGAUCGGGGUGCGGCUGCCGGGCCACCAGAAGCGCAUCGCCUACAGCCUGCUGGGGCUGCAGGAGCAGGCGGGGGCUGGGGGGGCCCCGGGGUGACCCCAAACCCCCAGAACGCCACGUGAACCCCCCCCUCCUCCCCGAGGGGUUUAUUUAUUAUUUCUGUAAUUAUUAAGGGUUUUUUUAUAGUGUUAUUGAUAUUGUCCCCGCGCCUGGGGAUGAAACGGGUGCUACCCCUUCCCUCCCCCCUAAAAAAUGGAAUUUCAAGCUUGUUUGGAACUGGGGGAGGGAUUUUUCUUAUUAUUUUUCCCCCACAUUUCAAGAAAAAAAGGGCUCAGUCCCAAAACUGAUUUAUUUUUGCUUUUUUUCUCCCUAUUUAUUCCUCUCCCACCGGGUUUUUGGGUGGUUUUUUUUCCUCUUUAACGCUGAUCUGCCAGUGUUGCCUUGUAUUUUUUAACCUAAUUUAUUCUAUUUUUGUAUAUUUAUUGUGAGAAAUUAAAGGUCGUGUCAGGUUUGGGAGAGAAAAAAAGGGGGAAAUAAAAAAAAACACAGCUCAGAUAUUUUCCCCCCUUUUUUCAUGGAUUUAUGGGGAUUUUUGUGGGGUUUUGAAUAAAAAUAUGUGCUUUUUGGUUUUCUAGAA